UUCACCGUCUGCGAUCACGGAGGCGUCGUCACACUCACGAGCUCUGCCCGUUUGAAUCACUUCACAACGCAAUAAGUCGGAUGAUUUGCAUUUUAAAACGUAUUUAACCAAAUAAUUAACUGAAUCUGGAUUUAACGCACUGAAUCUUUAUAUGGACUGCGCACUUUGCAGCAUUCAGCGUGUUUCCCCACUGUAUUUUCCCCGUAGAUAGUAGUUCGAUUUCAGAAGAAGGCGAAAUGGCAACGGACGAGCUGUCAUCGAAGCUGAACCGCAGGCUGCAGAUAGAGGAGGGCGAGCACGAGCCGGUGGCCCUGGACGAGGCUCAUGAGAACGGAGCGCACGAGAAAACGGCCACGGUCAGCGCGGAUUCAGAGCUGGGAGCCAAACUGCAGCGGCGCGGGGAGCUGAACGAGGGCGUCGGUGAACACCAGCAGCCCAGCAUGAAGGUGUUUAACCCCUACACCGAGUUCAAGGAGUUCUCGAGGAAGCAGAUCAAAGACAUGGAGAAGAUGUUCAAACAGUAUGAUUCCGAGAAAGAUAACUUUAUCGAUCUGAUGGAGCUGAAGCUGAUGAUGGAGAAACUCGGUGCACCUCAGACUCACCUGGGCCUGAAGAACAUGAUCAAAGAAGUAGAUGAGGACUUGGAUGGCAAACUCAGUUUUAGAGAGUUUCUCCUUAUCUUCAGAAAAGCAGCAGCAGGAGAGCUGGCGGAGGACAGCGGGCUUCAUGUCUUGGCACGUUUGUCAGAGAUUGACGUGUCUACUGAGGGAGUGAAGGGAGCCAAAUCAUUCUUUGAGGCAAAAGUGCAGGCCAUUAACGAAUCAAACCGGUUUGAGGCGGAAAUCCGUCAGGAGCAGGAAGAGAAGAAGCGUGAAGCGGAGGAGAGGAAGACAAGACAAGCUGCUUUCAAAGAGCUAAAAUCAGCCUUCAAAUAGCCUCCUCCACCUCAACAGCCUUGAUUUACUCAUCCACUUUUGUCUGUCUGUCUGUCAUCCGAGUCCCCUGCAAUCAGAGAUACUAUGCAAGGCUGUGAAAUGCUCUGAGAUCUAUGCAGAUUCAUCUUCCUGAGAGAGAGACACCUAUGUAGUUCGUGCUCAUUAGCGGAUGUCGGUGUUGAAAUCAUCUGUUUUAUCGUUGUCUGUUUUUCUCACUCUCACUCUCAGGCUUAUUUUAAAUGUGAAGCCAGACACUGAUCUCAAUACACUGGAUUGGAUUUGUUCCGUUUCAGUCACAUGUGUAUAUAUUUACUGUAGUUCAUUCUCCCCAUCGUUGCGUCAGCUUCAUUUUAGCUGGAACGGCAUUUUGUCUUGUUCUCGUUG